AUGCACGAGGACAGCACAGCUACCUCGUACAGUGACGUCACGCUGUAUAUGGACGAUGGCAUGCCAUGUUCUCCACUAUCCAUCGAGCGGGUUCCCUCCAGUACAGACACGGAGUACUGGGGCGUAAGUAGCGGGGUCGGAGGACAUGAAGACAGCCGGGAUACAGAGGGCGGUGGGAGCAAUAACAGCCGGCGUAGCACACCAUGCACUGAAUGCCGAGAUUUCCGGUUGCGGGGGUCACACCUCCCCGUUCUCACCAUAGAGCCACCUAGUGACAGUUCUGUUGACAUGAGUGACCGUUCAGAUCGAGGAUCCCUCAGCAGGCAGCUACUUUAUGAGCAGGAGUCUACGGCGGGUGGAUCGCCUCAAGGGACUCUCAAACACAACCCUGCCCCUCGCACACCCAAUCCCUGUUCAGCACAGGGCCAGACGAGACCCCCGGGUCGCCCCAUCCCAUCCCCUCUUCCAACACACCUACCACACCACACAAUGAUGCACCACCAUCACCACCCACACCUUCACCAUCCAUUGCACCACCACCCUAUGCCGCACAUCCAUCACCCCUACCCUGACCCCACGUCUCCCUCGCCCACUCAGCCUCCACUCACACCACUUUCUUCCUCGUCCUCCGCGCCACUGCCCGCUACUGGCCUGGAGCACUCGGAUGGGGACAACGACUCUCUGAACUCCACCACCAACUCCAAUGAGACCAUCAACUGCAGCUCAGGCUCUUCGUCUAGGGACAGUCUAAGGGAACCGUUGCCUCCUCUAGGAAAACAGACCUAUCAGAGAGAGAGCAGGCAUAGCUGGGACUCGCCCGCCUUCAACAACGACGUGGUGCAAAGGAGGCAUUACCGCAUUGGACUGAACCUCUUCAACAAGAAACCAGAGAAGGGGAUCCAGUAUUUGAUAGAGAGGGGUUUUGUCUCAGACACACCUGUGGGCAUUGCACGUUUCAUCCUGGAGAGGAAAGGCCUGAGUAGACAGAUGAUCGGGGAGUUUCUGGGAAACCGUCAGAAACAGUUCAACAAGGAUGUGUUGGACUGUGUGUUGGAUGAGAUGGAUUUCUCGGGCAUGGAUCUGGAUGACGCCCUGAGGAAGUUUCAGGCUCAGAUUAAGGUUCAGGGGGAAGCCCAGAAGGUGGAGAGACUGGUAGAGGCCUUCAGUCAGAGAUACUGCGUGUGCAACCCUGCACUUGUCCGCCAAUUUCAGAACCCAGACACUAUCUUCAUCCUGGCAUUUGCCAUCAUCCUUCUCAACACAGACAUGUACAGCCCCAAUGUCAAAGCUGAGAGGAAGAUGAAACUGGAGGAUUUUAUCAAGAACCUUAGAGGAGUGGAUAAUGGACAGGAUAUUCCCAGGGAUAUGUUAGUGGGCAUCUACCAGCGCAUUCAGAAAUGGGAACUCAGGACAAACGAUGACCAUGUGUCUCAAGUGCAGGCUGUGGAGAGGGUCAUCGUGGGCAAGAAACCUGUGCUUUCUUUGCCACAUCGCAGGCUAGUGUGCUGUUGUCAGCUGUAUGAAGUCCCGGACCCCAAUCGACCCCAGCGGAGUGGAGUUCACCAGCGUGAGGUCUUCCUCUUUAAUGACCUGCUAGUGGUGAGUCUUCACUUACCGCAUAUUUGCCUAAUUACU